AUGGCGUCUGGAUCACCCAUUGAGCCAUAUGCAGGCGCCUCUGCGAGUUCACAUAGCGGAAGUGUCUCCCCUCGGCAACCCGUAGCCCCCAAGCACGUCCAAUUCGAGCUUCUCUUCCCUCAAUCUCCCCAAUAUCGAGCACGACUCCCAUUGCGUGUUCAAAUAUUCCCACAUGAUGACACAGAAUCUAUCAUCUCUACAGUCAAGAACUUCUACGGCUUAUACCAUGGCGUUGCGGGUAUCAGUUUUGAGGACGAUCGGAGCAAUACCUUGAUCGCGAGAUACGAGAACUUCAGCAACAACAUGGUGGUUUACGUCAGAGUUAUUGAGGAUUCUUCUUCGCCGGCUGGUCCGUUCAACUCUGCCGCGUUCCAGCCGCCGUCGCUAGAAUAUACGGGCCAUCAGAUGGGCCACCAUAUUUCAAGACCAGGCUCAAGGACAUCACGGAGGCGCAGUCCUUCUCCUAACGGAACCGGUGGUCGGCGAAGCACAUCUGUCAGUACGAAUCCAGCUGGGAAAAAGGGGCGCUCUCGUUCGACCAAGAAUCCUAGCUCCAGUUAUGAUGAUAGUGCCAACGGAUACAGUAGUGGCGAUGGUGCCGCUGGGUCCGUUUCUAGCAAAGCAAAGGAUCACAUCGGUAACACUGACAUCAGCGUUGAAAACAUCGUCGAAGGCGGUCGUCGGAAGCGCGCCAAAUUUGAAAGCUCCGAACUGCCGUUGUUUGCGCCGCCCCAGAUGCCUGCAGCCACUUCAAACCCAUCGGUGUCUCCAGCUCGUCGUGUGGAGCACCAGCGACCGUCAAUGCCUUUCCCCUACCCAGGCCAAAACCCCUUCACAAACCCUCAGCCACUCCAAUCUCCCCAAACUCACAACGGCUAUGGUCAACAGGGCAUGUUUGCAACCCCUGUUUCUGACUCAAGACGCCACCGGGGCAGCAUAGGCUAUCCAAACCACGGUUCUGGCAUCCUUCCAACCCCCGAUCCCACCAUUGGCAGUUGCGUAUCUGAAGAGGAUAAGGAUGUCGCAAUCCAGCUUAUGAGACUGGGCGACAUGUCAAACGUUUCUCAUGGCAGGACAUCUGCUUCGACUCUAGAUGACACCUUCAGUGGUAAAGCAGAGGUUGCUUCCUCCACUGGUGCGACAAGCGAUAGUGGUAGCGACGACGACGACGACGAGCUUCCACCCGCUCGUCGCCAAAAGCUAGACAAGAAUGGUGCAAUGAACAAGACCCAUCCAACAACGGACAGUCAUUUUAUACCGCAGCACAACAAUAGGGAUACAGGUGCAAGCAAUGCUGAUCUAGAGGUUGGCGCUGGGGAGAUUCAUGGCCUACAGGAUGGCGAUGCCAAGGCAAAGUCUCAAAAUCUUGGGAAGCCUCGAGUAUCUAGCGCCAAAACUAGUAAGCCCAAGGCGACAAAGACACCUAAGACGACUGUUGCGAAGCCGAAAAAAUCCAACAGCAUAGCUGCCGGUCCUAUGUCGCCUGCAUCUUUGCCCAACCAUUCGCGCAAACCCUCCAUUGCUUCAGCAAUGUCAGGUCAACCUGGCGACGAGGAACAGCCGGAUUUGUCAACAAAACCCCGUUGUCAGCGAUGCCGAAAGAGCAAGAAGGGAUGUGACCGUCAACGGCCGUGCGGUCGUUGUCGGGAUGCCGGCCUGAGCGCCGACCAAUGCAUCAGUGAGGAUGAAGGCAAUGGACGGAAGGGACGUUAUGGGCGCCACAUGGGCGUACCUAUCAAAUCAGUGGACGUCCCGGCGGCACCCAUUCUUUUGCCUGCCGCGCCUAUCGCAGUGCCAACAGUCACGAUGGAUAAAAAUAAGAAACGGAAGCGGUAG